GCUAGCGUGGCGCCCUACCAGCACCCAACGGACGCGAUGGAGGACGUCGCGAAGGAUGAAGAGCAGCAGGUGCGCAUCAAGCGUCUUGAGGAGUCCAUUGGGAAGAUCGAGACCAUGCUCGUCGCGGCCGCGGGGAUGGUGAGGGGCAAGUGCGCCCCGACGGACCAGCAGGAGCGGGUAGUGAUCAAGGCGUCGGAUUUCCCAUCGAGCUUCCAGAAGAUCGAGAACGCGACGCACCCUGGCCCGAAGGGCAACGGCGGGCUGUUCUCACUCAAUGUGCGCCGCGACAUGGACGUCAAGAGUCGCAAGCUUUCCCUUGCGAUGGGGAAGGUCCGCCAGAGGCUAGACGCGCUUCUUCGGGGCCGCUCCCUAGCGGGAUCCAGCGGGCUUGGAGGUGAUGCGCGCAAGCUUCGCAGUGCUGAAGACCCAGUGCGCGUGGCUCACCUUUCAGCGCUUGAAGGCAGCAGCGAUGUCAAUCAUGAUUUGCAGCAGAACUUCCUCUAUGAUUAUGGCAUCGGGGUUCAGGCGGCUGCGCUGCUGGAGGCCGCCAACACUGCGAUGCGCCG